UCAACAUAACGUAUUGAAAUUUUGAAGAAAACUUGAAAAGUUUGAUAGAGCUUAUUGCAAUAUAAAAUGCAAAGUGAUUAUAAUGUCGAAAACGUGACUAUAAUGUCGUUGAAUCAAAUGUGUGAUCUGGCCCUUGGUUUUGUAAACCCUGGCAUAAUUCAUUUUGAUCUAUUGCAUCAAAUGUUGCAAGCCAUAAUACAGCAGUGUAACCUAAUCGAUGUCAAGAUUAAGAUCGGAGGUGAUAAGAGCGCGGAAAUACAAAAAUUCACAGCUGGUUCCCGAAAAACAAGUCAAGGUACUCUUUCUUCUGUGAAAGGAACAAAUCCAUUUUCAACUACAGAAAACUCUAAGGUUUCCGUACCUGAACAAGAUACGAAUGUGAUUAUUUUGGAUCAAUCUUCAAACAAACCACUUGAACAUACUGUAUCCAUAUCUGUGGAGCAGAUGCAAUGGAUAAUUAACUCAAUAGUUAAUCUUCAGACUCAAAUAAAUGAAAUGAAACACUUCCCUAAUAACCAAGAUAUAAUUGAAACGUUAAGAGAGAGUGGUCAAUCCAUGAGUGAUUCAACCUUCAAAAAAAUGUCCCAGAAAGCAACCGAAAGUAUAGGUGGCUCUCAAAAACAAAUGAAGCGUAGUGUGAGUGAUACACCGUUGGUGGACAUGUUUCAAAUAUCGAGUCUAACGAAAAGAGUGGAUGCUGCUGAGGAUUCGAUAGCGAAAUUAGCUAGCUUAGUUGAAGAUUUAGCACGGGAUUCUCCUGGUUCUAAAGGACACCUAUUAGAAAUUGAAAGUUUAUCGGAACUGAAAGGGGAGUCAAUAGCAAUCAUGGGUAACAGGAAUGCAUUAGAAUUACUAGCAAAAGAGGUGCAAGCCUUAAAAAGAACUAUAUAUAGUGAAGAAGAUGAAAUAGGCUCAGUGGGACCUAACUUACUGACAAAGAUAGCUGCAGUUGAUGUUAAACUCAGACAAACUUUAGAUCAAGUUGAAAUUCUUGAUCGAUUGACAUCGGAGCAACUAUGUACUUUGUUUGGACAGUGCGAUGGACUAGAGAAUUCCAUCAUUCAUCUGGAGCAAAAACUGAUGGAUAUUAUCACGAGCCACAAGGCUCCCUUGAUGUCGUUGAAUGAAAAAUAUAAUGAGAUGAGAGAUCAGGUUGAUAAUGUUUUAGUAGAGCAGAAGAAGAUAAUGGAUACCAAUGCUCAGAGAGAAAUGAAAAUUAAUUCUCUGAUCGAGCAGGUCGAAGUUUUGAAAACUACCAAAGUGAAUCAAGAACAAUUUGAAAUCGCAUUAGAGUCAAAAUUAGAUGCCGAUAAGAUUCUGACCAAGGUUUCCCAGGAGAAAUUCGAUAAAACUUACGAAGAACUCAAAGUGAACAUUGAUGAAACCAUAACUAAGCUUAGAACACAGGAAGAUAUGUGGCAGAGGGCACUGAUAGAAUUACAGAACGAGAUGGUUACCAAACUGGAAAAGAAUGAGCUUACCGCGUUGCAGGAGUUUGUGAAGGGCAAACUGAAAGUUCUAAGGGAUAAAGUGAGGUCUAUGAAGAUUUACCAGUCUGAACAAGAAGCAGCAGCUACGAAACAAGAACUCAUCAAGAAUGUGAAAUGCCUCUCUUGUGAUGCAGAUGUGUCAACAAGGACGAGAGUAAACCCUCGAGACUAUCCUAGAUCCCCCGUUCUGCCACCCACCAGAACAAUAGCCCCUUACCUGGCCUACGAACUGGACGUCAUGAGAAAGCAGCAGAGAGGACAAGCCUACAGUAGAAACAUGCAUCACUUCGAAGCUACCGUCCGUAAUAAGGAGGAUAGAUUCGAGAAUCGCUAUUGCGGUGGCCCCCACACAGUCACUACGCCUGUACAAAGAGUCACCCGACUGGGACACUUUCUGGAACAAUGGGGACCAGAGAUGGAAACAGCUAAUGAAAAUUUCAUAAAGGGCACGGACCAAAAGGUAUACCUUGGAGGCAUGAGGUCUGGUAAAGGACAGGCUGCAAUGAGGGUCGAAGGAGAUAUUUUGAAGGAUAAAAAGGACCAACAAGAAGAAGUUCCAGAAAAAGAUUCGAUGGUUUCAAAAAGUGAUAUGGACAGAGAAAUGAACGGCUCUAUAAAUUCAGAUGAUGACAAGCUAUUUUCCAAGAAGAGAUCUACGAGUGGUAAUGGUUUGGUUGAUAAAUGACCGACGAGUUUUUCAGACAUGGCAUGACAUGAGGUCCAAGGCCAGUAUACUAUUUUAUUUAUUUUUUUAAGUCUUCAAAGUAUUUUAUAUGCAUAUAUUUAUAUUAUAUAUGAUUUAUAGAGAGUAUGAACUCACAUGUAAUAAUAAAAAUAUAUAAAAAAAAACAGUUGUGC